GCGAGAGUGCGUAUCUUGAAUAGUAGUAGGAUGGUCGAAGGCGGCGCUCCAACGGCCGUGGAGAGCGACCCCAUCGCGCGGAUCCGCCUCGCGCUGAUGGAUAGUAAGGCACAACUGUCGAACGUCAACACCGUCCUGGCACGAUUCAAGACGGGACUCGAUCGCCUUGAAGGGCAAAUGAUGCCGAUUUACAACCUCACCGAGAAGCUACGAGAGACACAGAAGAAUAUCGACUUGAGCGUCCACGAGUUGCGGGUCGUGCAUGAGAUGUUUGCGACGGCGACGGAGGUAGCCCCCACGCUGCACCAAGGAGCCAAGUACGACCAAGACGAGUACGUCAAGGCGAUGCAACGUCUACUUCAGUCGAUUUCAUUCAUGGAGUCGCAUCGGGGAUACGAAGGAUGCGGAAAGGCGCUGGAGCAUGCUCGACAGGUUCUCAGUCACGCUCAAGUCAAGUGCAAGGCGGAUAUCGUGAACGACAUUGGGCUUUUUGGUCGAUACUCCACGGUGGCAUUGACGAAAGUGUCGGAUCCAGCCGAGCCCGACGAGAGCGGUGCAGCGGGCGAACGCCAGCAGUACACCGUGACAGCGUCCCACCCAAGCGACGCCGACGUGACCAAAGUAAACUCGCUCAUCCAGUGUUUGCUUGGCACGGGGUACGCUCCGCGGCAAUUGCUGCUGGAAUAUGGCGAGAAGCGGCUCAAGCACAUCAAGGACUUCUUCAAGGAUAAGGCAAAAGUCACGGCCGAAGGCGACAUGUCGACCGCGCAGGACUCGAAGGAAAGCAUUGGCCGGUACUUGGAUUCGCUUGUGUUUGUUAUCAAGACGGAGAAGGCGCUGUCGAGCAAACUCUUUCCCAACGAAGACUUGAGCCAUGCCGCCUUGAGCUGCACGAUUGCUCCACUCUUGGAGACCUUGACCAACGACGUGAACGGCCGACGCUCGCCACCGUCGUGGCCGCCUCAACACCCGCACAAGGACGAGGUGUUCCGCCCGCUGGAUUUGCAUUAUUUGUUCAAGGACAAAAGCGCCGCGUUCAAAGAAGCAUUGCAACCGCCCUUGCGUCUGCGCGAACACCCUGGCGUGGAAACGGCCGACCCAUGGAAGCUCGUCGGAUUAAUCGGCAAGAUGGAGGAAGGGCUCGCCGUCACAUCCAAGCAGACGCUAGCGCAGUUUAAACACGACAUUGGCGAGUCCCUUGCGCAGGACAAAGUGGGGCUGCGCGAUGGCAAUGUGCACCCAGUCUCGAGCAACGUGAUGCAAUUUCUCCGCCACCUGUGCGACCACGUUGUCGAGCUCGAGUGCCUGCUCAAGUUGGACCAGACAACAAACGUCGCCUACUUCAUCGAUUCGAUCGUGAUGAAGCUCCUGGAUUCCAUCCAAGCCAAGGCGCAUGCAACGAAAGGCGGGCGAGACGACCUGCGCGCGCUCUUUACGCUCAACAACGUGGUGUACGUGUCGCAGUCCCUCAAGCAGCUUGGCGGCGACGUCCAGACGGUUGUCACCGCCGCUCUCCAGCAGACGAUCCAGCCCAAAGUCGCAGCACUCGGAGACAAGGCGCUGCACGAGUUUUUGCAAUUGAGCUACGACGACUUUGACGCGACGCUGGCCGAUCCCAAGGGCAAGCUGCAGUACAACCGCAACAGCGACGUGCUCACGUUGGAGAGCGGCCGACUGCUCAAAGAAAAGUUCACGAAAUUCAAUGCGUUGCUGGACGAGUUGGUCGCGCAUCAGCAAGCUUUCACGGUGCCCGAUGGUGACCUGCGCCAAACGCUCGCGGCGGCGGCCCUGCACCGCAUCGUCCCAACCUACACGGCGUUUUACGACAAGUACUCGAUUGUGCACUUUUCGAAAAAGCACAUGGACAAGUACGUCAAGUACACCCCCGCCAAGGUCGACGGGAUGCUGCGCCAACUCUUUCAGGGCAGCCACGCCCUCCCAUCGACGUCCUUCUCGACGUAGUGGAAGCAUGCUUGCAAUUACAUGAUUCACUUGGACCAUAACGUGUCGCUCUAUUUGAAAAUCGCGUCCAG